AUUUGGUCUAUGAACGUUUGGAAAUAGCUUUAUUAUAAUCAAAUGAAAUAUUUAUCGUUUGCAGGCUGAUGCAUUUAUUAAUUGACAUUUUUCUUCACUGCUUGCAGGUUGUGAAAGUCAGAAGAAACAUCACAGGCUAACACGGUGCAGUUAAUCCUGAAUUAGUGAUUACUACAAAAAUAUUUACUGAAAGAUUCAAAGGAUAUCAUAUCAAAAGAAAGUCUCUAUUGGAUUUUCUAUUAGAUUUAGGUGGAGUUACUUAACGUAUUUAACAGUUAUCGCCAGUUUACAUAGGAGGAUGUGUUAAUUGUGGAAUCGGAAACAAAGAGAGCGGUAAUUGGGAUUUGUAAAUUUGACCAGAUCUCCGAAGGUCAUUUGGAAACUAAAUAUCCCCAGGGGAAAUCUGAGUUAACAUUUUAGCACAUUGUUGUUCAUUCCGCAUUAAUAUCUCGAGAGAGCAUAUCUCGAGAUUAGGAAAAAUAACACAAAAACGAAAGGUGAAUAUCCGGAUUAUAUUUUGCAAAGGCAAAAAUACAUAUGUGGCCAAGCAGUAAAUCGUCAGAAGGAGAUCGAGUGAGCAAAUUAUACUCAUUCGGAUUUGAUGAAAAAGAAUCAGAAGAUUGCGCAAUGUGUUAUGUAAUAGUGACUUGUAGGUCCAUGUUAUGGACAUUAUUAACUGUAGCGGCAACGUUAGCUAUCGCUGCCGCAUUAAUCACGCCACAAUGGCUGAUAGGAACAGAGCGCCAACCAGGCCUCAAAUCACGCUCAAAUCUUACAACAGACAGUAUAGACAAAUCAAAUGCCUUUAAGCCAACUAUUGGCAUCUAUAAUAGAUGUACCAAGGAGCAUCAUUUUAGGGACUUAUACACAGACAAAUGUGCUCCAUUUGUGGACAAUUUUUUCACAAUGCCUGAUAGUGAAUUCCCACAUUUCUGGAAGGCCUCAUUGGUGAUAUUUAUACUGGCAAUUAUGUUGUUGGUUUUCACAGUGUUUACAGCGGUCAUCAGCUUAUGUGUAAGAGCAAUGUGUCGGAAGAGCAUCUUCACUAUCUCAGGUCUAAUACAGAGUAUAGCAGGACUUCUGCUGAUCGUAGGCUUGGUGCUUUACCCAGCAGGUUGGGGGUCUCAGAAGAUCAAGAAUCUGUGUGGAGAUGAUGCUAGUGCAUUCAACAUAGCUGGCUGCUCACUUGGCUGGGCUUUCUACACAUGUGUCGGGGGUACAGUUGCUGUGUUUAUUUGUGCUACACUCUCAAUCCAAGCAGAAGUGGCGACCUCCAGUGAUAAAGUUGAGGAUGACAUCUUACAGGGAAAACACCUCAUAUGUUUGCCAUAA